GAACAAGCCAUAGCGACCAAUCAGCUGGGUUUGUGAGCCGACUAAUCGCGUUGGUCUCGACAGAACAUGUGACCUUCGGGUGUAUAAAUGAUACCAAUUGUACUAGCUUCCUCCAUAGUUGUGCUGGGUUUAUCAUGGCAUCAAAUCCCUCGUUUAGUGAGGUGCUGGGCCAUUUCGCCGUCGAUUUAUACGAUCAAAUUAUCAAAGAUCAAAGCUCCCAUUUCAAAAAUGUGUUUUGGUCUCCCAUGAGCGUACAUGCUGCAAUAGCAAUGGUUAUGGCUGGCGCUUCUGGUGUGACCAAACAGGAAAUUGUCAAGACACUUCAUGCUCCAGAUACUCUGAGUGAAUCACAAGCGCACGAACUAUUUGGAUCAGCGAUUAUGGAUAUCUCACAGUGCUCAAAAAAUAUUCAUGUGUCAAUGGCCAAUCGACUGUUUCUCCUACAACCGGCCAAAAUCCUACCCGAGUAUUCCCAAACGUUGAUCAAGUAUUACAAUUCCCAAACGGAGUCACUUGUUGCAUUGGGUGGGUUGGAAGACAAGCGUGUCCAUAUGAACAAAUGGAUAGCAAAUGAAACCAAAGGCAAAAUCAACGAUUUGAUCCCAUCAGGCGCACUCUCUGGCAACACUAUUUUGACCAUACUGAAUGCCCUAUAUUUCAAAGGAUUUUGGGAACAUCCGUUUGCAAAGCACCGAACUGAGAACGCAACCUUCUACUUGUUGGAUGGCAAAACACUUGAAGUACCCAUGAUGUACAUUAAGGCAAGAUUGUUUCACUUUUUUCUGGCUGACUUGGAUGCGAAUGCUAUUCGUCUGCCAUUUAUGGGCGCUCAAUGGGCAAUGUUGAUUGUUUUCACCAGAGAGAAGAGCAAGUUUCCAGAUCUACUGGAUCAUCUGCGUGAACCCGGAAACCUAACAGAGCUGAUGAACACUGAAUAUGAUCAAAUCGAAAUGGAACUGUAUCUGCCAAAAUUCAGGCUAGCCGAAUCCAAAGCACUUGACGUGAAAGAAUUGCUCAAACGAUGUGGAAUGACCUCUGCAUUUGAUUCGGCGCAUGCGGACUUGUCUCGAAUGUGCACCAGUGAAAAGUUGUUUGUCUCGGAAGUUCUUCAUAAGGCUGUCUUAGAGGUCGACGAAGAAGGCGCAACAGCUGCAGCAGCAACGGGGGUCGCCGUGAACCUUCGAUGUGCAAUGCGUACGCCCACUUUCCGAGUUGAGCAUCCGUUUUUCCUCGCCUUGGUAUACAAAUCCAACGUGCCCGCGUUCAUUGGUCACGUAGUGGCUCCAGAACAAUUUUAGUCCCAAAAGGAAAGGUCAAUAUUUGUCGUUGUUAAUCAUGGGUAACUGAUGCACCGGGUGAGGUGUCAAAUUGCUUUGUUUCUUUUUAUAAAAUAUGCUUUAUUAUUUGUUCAAUUUAAUGUUUUUCAAUAACAUUUUUAAGGCAACAAUUCUUAUCAGCGGCUGGGACAGUAAACCUUGAUGAUCAGAUUUAUCCCGCUAACAAAGGCUGCCUUGUCAGAAAGCCCUUUAACAGAUAGAAAUAAAUUAUUAUCCUGGCUUU